AUGACGGAAGCGAGGUGGAAAGCGACAGUAUAUGUCGGCGGACUGGCACCGGUCGUGACAUCAACUCAUAUUUACGACGCAUUCAUUCCCUUUGGCGAGAUCGUCGACGUUUCGAUACCAAAAAAUGACAAGCCGGGUGCCACAGAACCUCACCGGGGCUUCGCCUAUGUAGAAUUUGAAGAGGCCGAGGACGCCAAGGAGGCAAUCGACAACAUGGACCAGGCCGAACUCUUCGGGCGCAUCCUUAAAGUGUCGGCUUCUAAGCCGCCCAAGAGCGCGGAGGGCGGGCUGAAUAGCCGCACCGCUGUUUGGGAGCAAGAAAGUUGGUUAGCGGAGCACGCAAUUGGGGAAGAGGACAAAAUGGCAGAAGACAAGGCUCAUAAUGGCGAUCAUCCGAUGCAGGGUCUGGAAGGGCUUGACGUGGCUGGUCCGAAGCCCGAGUAA